CACCUUCUCAGUUCUCACCCCAACAAAAGCUUUGAAAAUGGCGAGCCAGCAAAUAGCAAACCACAGAGACGACGCGGAGAUCUACCACGGCGAGGCUCUGUGCAAGCAGAAAUCGCACGAGGUCCUGGGCGGGAUCUCUCUGCCCAAGGGGCUCCUCCCUUUAGACGAGGUAGUGGAGGUGGGCUACAACCGCACCACUGGCUUCAUCUGGCUCAAGCAGAAGCGCAAGAAGGAGCACCGCUUCCGAGCGAUCGGGCGCACGGUGUCGUACGACACGGAGGUCACGGCCUUCGUGGAGGACCGCCGCAUGAGGAGGCUCACUGGGGUCAAGAGCAAGGAGCUCCUCAUCUGGGUGUCCAUCUCCGACAUCUACGUCGACGAUCCUGGGUCCGGGAAGAUCACCUUCGCCAACCCCACCGGGAUCUCCAGGUCCUUCCCGGUCUCGGCUUUCGAGCUCGAGAAGGAGGGCAGCACCGGGAAUCACAAAAAAUGAGGGCUUUUUUCUUUUGGGAUUGCGAAUGAAAUUGUUGAAUUUCAAGAAUUUCGAGUUGGUCAUGCCAGAAUAAUGAUUUACUGGUGAAAUUGAUCAAUUUUUAUAACCAAUUGGGCUGGACGAGUUCAAACCGGACUUCUUUCCUGCAAAAUAUAGAAUAAUGUUUUGUUUUU